UGUAUUUGUUGAUAAUUUAAGCGAGAGGCAGAAGUCGGAAGCUCAGUACAGAUUGCCGAAGAGGCAACACAAUACAUCUCCAACAUGUUUAAGUCCAUGAGUUUGUCCUCUGAAGGCUCCUUCGAAGAUGCGGACUCGGUCAGCUCCGACGAGCUGCUCGGCUCUCAGUCCCGCCGCUGGCUCAAUGACCUCAUGACCAGGGACAUGCCCGUGGAGGACGGGCACGUCAACUCGGUCGGCGUGGACGGACUGUUCGUGGACUAUCACUUUCCCCGGGGAGAGCUGGAGAUGAAGUCCGGGGUGGAGUGGAAACGACCAAAGGAGCUCUGCACAUCACCUCAGUUCAUAGUUGAUGGAGCUUCUCAUCUGGAUGUCCGCCAGGGAAACCUCAAUGACUGCUGGUUGCUUUCUGCCAUCGCGUCCCUCUCCCUGCAUCGCUUUCUGCUCGAGAAGGUCAUGCCUCUUGGACAGGGCUUCCAGAAAGGAUACAACGGCUGCUUCAUGUUCAGGUUCUGGCAGUAUGGUCAGUGGGAGGAGGUGAGGAUAGAUGACUUGUUGCCAACUCGGAACAACAAACUGAUCUACCUCAGCUCCCCGGAAAGGCAUGAGUUCUGGAGCUCCCUGCUGGAGAAGGCCUACGCCAAGGUGAAAGGUGGCUACAGAGCUCUGGACAUGGGCUAUCCUCAUGAAGCCAUGGUUGAUAUGACGGGUGGGGUGACUGAGGUUUAUAGCGUUGGCACAAAGAGAAACCUGCCGUCCUUCCUCAGACACCAGCUGGCUAAAGGAGCACUCAUCAACUGUGCCAACUGCCAGGGUUCUUUGGAAAAAAAGAAUGAACUGGGGAUCAUGUACAAACACGCCUACUCUCUGACUGCAAUAGAGAAGGUGAAGACGGCAAACGGCACCCAGGAACUGAUCCGAAUCCUAAAUCCCUGGGGCGACACUGAGUGGGAGGGGCCCUGGAGUGACUUGAAAGGUCCAGAGUGGAACACAGUGAGCAUCGAGGAGCAAAAAAGACUGGGUGUAGUCAGACGGGAGGACGGAGAGUUCUGGAUGUCGGUGUCAGACUUCCGACAGCACUUUGAGUUGAUGGAGGUGUGUCACCUGACUGACGGUCUCAGUGAUCAGGGGUCCAGCGUGCUGCCGUGGUGCUGCACAAUGCAUCAUGGGAACUGGGUGCCGCGCAUCUCAGCAGGGGGUCCUCCCUCAGGGCGUUUGUUCUGGCAGAACCCUCAGUUCUACUUCACCCUGUCGGAGGUGGACAGUGACGCAGACGAGUCUCAGAAGACCUGCUCCUUUAUUUUGGCUCUGUUGCAGAAACACCAGAGACUCAGGGGCGUUGACCUGUCCAUAGCCCUGGAUAUAUACCCGGCCAAUCCUAAUACAACAUACCUGUCACCUGAGGACUUGAGUGUGCUCCAACCAGUCCUCUGCACCUCCCAAUACUCCUCACGUCGGGAGGUCGUCCUUCGCGGCUCCCUUCCACCAGGCACCUACAUCAUCAUCCCUUCAACCUGCAAGGCCAAUCAGCAGGGAGCAUUUCUCCUGCGGGUGCUGACAGAGCCGGGUAACACUGCCAUUCCAGCCAGCAAACCAUCGCCACAUGACAUCUCUUCAGGAAAAGAGCUUACAUACCCUCACCGGGCUGCUCUUCCUUCACUUGCAACCAUCAGACAUCUGUUCAAGAAGCACUGCAACAAGAAAAACCAUUGCAAACCAGUGCACCUCCACAACCUGCUGACUGAAGCCUUACAGGGAGGAGUGUUGGCCGGCAGUGAGAAGUACUUGGCUCUGGAGCACUGCAAGAGCCUGGUGGUCCUCAUGGAUAAUACCGGCAACGCUCGGCUGAACUGGGAUGAGUUCCAGAGUCUGUGGGACAAGAUCAGGAGGUGGACGGAUAUCUUCCUGGUGUAUGACAAGAACAAAACAAACCACCUUGAGUAUAAAGAGGUCGCCCCCGCUCUGAACGCAGCAGGCAUUAUAGUGGAUGAUUUGGUAAUGCAGCUGGUUGGACUGAGAUACACGGAGCUGGACAUGACCAUCAGUUACCCCGGCUUCCUGUACCUGCUGAUGAAACUGGAGAGCAUGAUCCAAGUAUUUCAAGCAUACGACAUGGCGGGUAUGGGACGAAUAACUCUCGACUACAAACGGUGGCUCCACAUGACCAUGUACAACUGACCUGGUCCACUCUGAUGGAUUCUUCAGGAUUUGCUUCGUUAAGUCUUUUUGGGUUCAUUUCUGUUUUUGCAUGACUGUAAUUUGUUUGUUUUUUUCACAUGUAUUAAAGUAGAUGUAGCUACUGUACAGUUCAAUUAUAGAAAUAUUUAGCAAAGUAACACUUAUGUUUUUAUUUCCUCUUGUAUGUUGUCAUCAUCAGUGUUGUGGAGUGGUGAACUACAUGUAAUUAAACUGAUAGCAUGAUAGCAUAGUGAUUCAAGUGGUUAAAUGACUUUUUAGCCUUUUUAAGUGUACUGACACUAUAAACAUUUUUCAUGGAGCUUUGAAAGGGACAUGGAGUUGAAAAAAAAAUAAGAUGUACUUUAUGAGAUCAUGCAGAACAUCUGCUGACUUUCCUUGCACUUCCCCAUCAAUAGUAGGGGUAUUGGGGUAUUUUAUUUAUUCAUUUUUUUGGUUCAUAUACGACCUGUGAACAAGCAGGCACUUGUUGCAACAAACUCAAUUGAGAGGUAUUUUGUGGCAUGUGACGUCUUUGUAUUAGGCCCCAUAUUUUGUUUUAAUUUGGUAUCACGUGUACAUUGUCAAUUUGAUCAUUUUUUACCAAGUAGUUAAAACUACUUUUUCGAAGUGGCUUUAGUAAACCAAACUAAAUUUCUCCCCAGGGUAGCUGUGCUGUAGUUCAACUUCUUCCAGAGUGAAGUAAUAAGUCAAACAGUAGCAAUGGAAACAUCUUCAAGAACUCUCUUCAGUCAUGGAAACAUUUGGGGUCAAAGGUCCGAGCAAGAUUUGCUGCUGUGUUACUGACACUUUAACAAAGGUCACCUAAAUGAUUUAAUGAAUUAAACUUUAAGAUGUUGCCUCACUCUGCUCCCCUUCAGUUUAAAAUGAAUAUAUGUAUAUAUAUACAUACAUAUAUAAACACAAGAGCUGGUACAGCUGGCUCCAGGUCAUCUUUUUACUGGCCACUUGUUGCAGCUUCUGCCACGUUACAAAUCACUGAGAUAUUUUAUAAAUUUCAUACAGCUAAUUUUAGAUAAUAAAAUAUUUUGUACACAAUUUUGUGUAUUAGGUCAAAUGUAAGCUUUUCAUGAGGGGCUCAGACAAACUAGUUUUACUAGUAUUAAAACUAGUGUAAUCAUUACUGAGAAUUUGUUGGAUAGCACUCAAAAGGUAAAGUCACAGUGACACAGAAGAAAAUGCUAUUUGAAACCUUCUUUAUACCAUUUGAAAGAAGUAGAUUCAUGUAUUUAUUUUAAAUUGAACUUUAUAUCCAGGCUAGUUAAUGUAGACCUUUUCUGACUGCACAGAUGUGAUGGAUGAAUGUAUCUGCACUAGUAUCCAUGGAUGACCUCAUCCACGCUGAGAGACUCAGACUUGAUGCUUAUACAGUAUCGCUAGCUGUUUUUUUAAUUGGUCAUGACAUCUGCAAAAUCCAUCUAAAGAAGACAUUAACAUGCAAGGUACAAUGUGCAUUACACGUAGUAAUAAUAAUAAUUACUUACAUUCAUUAUUUUUUUGAAAUGCUAAAAUUCCCAUUUGCAUUAUCACACUGUUUGAAUUCUUCCCAUUUGUUGUUGUUUUUUUUUUUUUGUUAGUUUGUUUUUUUUAGAUUUCUUGGUUAUGGCCUUUGUUAACCGACAGAUGAUAAUACUGUGUGUCCACACUGACAUCAUUAAAGUUUCACAGUA